CAGUUACUGAUUCAUUCUGUCCAGGGAAGGGCUGCUUCCUUGAAUGGUUCAAGCACUGAUUUUCUCAUCAGUUGGAGAAAGGGAAUGACUUAUUUAAUCCAAGUGAAGGAAACUCCUCUAUGAUAGCCUUCACGUGAGAAGCCAGUGUUGAGUCUGAGCUCCUGGAAUCAAUUGGGUUUCUGAUCCAAUCUGUUUAGGAUUUUAUUUAUUAAGGCAUGAGGUUAUUUUGAAAGAUUUCUUCCACUUUUUUCUUUCUUUUUUAAAGUCAGACACUGAAGAACAUUUGAAGAAAUGACACACUCCUCAGGCAAAGAGCUCAACGGACUAGACAACCCUGGCUUCACGGUUGAAGAGGGAAGCCAGUACUGUACCUUGUCUGAACUUGGCACCAAUGAGAAAAGUAUUAAAGAGGAACAGAAGAAAGGCAAGGCAAAGGACCGAAGCAAACUAGCAUAUUGUGUCACAGAUGUUCCACCAUGGUACCUCUGCAUCCUUCUAGGCAUUCAGCACUUCCUGACAGCUCUUGGUGGCCUUGUAGCCAUUCCUCUGAUCCUGUCCAAGGAGCUUUGCCUGCAGCAUGACCUUCUGACCCAGAGCCACCUAAUCAGCACCAUCUUCUUUGUCUCAGGGAUUUGCACACUCCUUCAAGUCUUCUUUGGAGUCAGGUUGCCUAUUAUUCAAGGAGGGACAUUUUCAUUCUUGACACCAACCCUUGCCAUGCUCUCCCUUCCUCAUUGGAAAUGCCCUGCCUGGACACAGAAUGCCAGCUUGGUAAAUGUUUCUUCACCAGAGUUCACUGAGGUCUGGCAGACACGGAUGCGAGAGGUUCAGGGAGCCAUCAUGGUAGCUUCUUGUUUCCAAAUCCUUGUUGGAUUUUCUGGCCUGAUCGGAUUUCUGAUGCGGUUCAUUGGCCCUUUGACAAUCGCCCCAACCAUCACCUUGGUUGCGCUGCCUCUCUUUGAAUCUGCAGGACAGGAGGCAGGAGAACACUGGGGCAUCGCAGUCAUGACCAUUGCCUUCAUUGUUCUGUUUUCUCAGUAUCUGAAAAAUGUGCCUAUGCCACUGCCGGCCUACCAGCGAGCCAAGAAAUGCUACUUCUCUAGGAUCUACCUCUUCCAGAUCUUCCCAGUACUUCUUGGUCUCUCCCUCACGUGGCUGAUGUGCUUUGUGUUCACUGUGACCAAUGUCUUUCCCUCGAACCCUGAAGCUUAUGGUUAUUUGGCUCGGACUGACAUCAAAGGGGACGUUUUGUCCCAAGCCCCCUGGUUCCGGUUCCCUUAUCCAGGCCAAUGGGGUGUUCCAACAAUCAGCUUGGCUGGAGUAUUUGGGUUCAUAGCUGGAGUGAUUUCCUCCAUGCUGGAGUCAGUGGGGGAUUACUAUGCCUGUGCCCGACUCUCUGGAGCCCCACCCCCUCCGAAGCAUGCUAUCAAUCGUGGGAUUGGAGUGGAAGGAAUUGGUAGUCUUCUGGCUGGGGCCUGGGGUACAGGGAAUGGCACCACUUCUUACAGUGAAAACGUUGGAGCUCUGGGAAUCACUCGGGUAGGAAGUAGAAUGGUGAUUGUUGCGGGUGGCUGCGUGAUGCUUUUGACAGGAAUAUUUGGAAAGAUUGGAGCCAUGUUUGCCAGCAUACCAACACCCGUGAUUGGAGGAAUGCUGAUUGUGAUGUUUGGGAUCAUCACUGCUGUGGGAAUUUCCAAUUUACAGUAUGCAGACAUGAACUCCUCGAGGAACCUGUUUAUCUUUGGGUUCGCUAUAUUUGCAGGUCUGACCAUUCCUAACUGGGUAAAGACACGUUCUCAAGUGCUAGAAACAGGAAUCAUACAGCUAGACCAAGUGAUCCAGGUGCUUCUCACGACUGGCAUGUUUGUGGGUGGAUUUCUGGGGUUUGUCCUUGAUAAUACUAUUCCAGGAAGCAAAGAAGAGCGAGGAAUCCUAGCCUGGAAGGAGUCCCAUGGAGUGGAGUCUGCCGAGUCCCAGCUUCUUUCGGAAGUCUACAGCCUUCCAUUUGGGAUUGGCACGAAGUUCUGCACAGCCUCUUGGAUUCGGCACAUCCCAGUGUGCCCCAAGAGGCCAUCUGGAUCCACAAGAAAGGAGGAGCCAAAAACUCUUGGAGAAGAGAACAGUGUCCCAAUGAGCUCAGAACAAGAUGCAGAGAUGGGCAUUGAUACAAAGAUAUAAGCCUGUGGCUGGGAACUGAAUUCACUCAAAAUGGACACCUAGCAGCUGUGAUUGUACAUGCCCUGAUCUGAAUAGGCCCAAUAAUGGGCAGUGAUGUUAGAGGAUGGAGCGGGGGAAUAGUUGACAAGACCUGUGCUUUCUGUUUCUAGCUCUGCCACUAACUCAUUGUGUGACCAUGAGUCAGCCACUUAGCCUCUCUGUGCCUCAGCCUGUCCCACGGUAGCAAGUAUAAAUAUUGAUUGGAGGCACAGCCUAGACAGAAGCUAAGUAACGCUCCUGAAGGGGACUUGAUAACCCUUCCUACCUGGAACCUUGACAGCCCAGCGCAUACACAGCAAAGACGCUUUCCCUCUCCCGUUGAAUAGCUGCUCAGCUGGAGCUGUGAGGUCUUCCUUCUGCUCCUAGCUAAUUAUUGGAUGUGAUAUAGUGUACAUGUAAGUUGGUGCUGGACCAGGAUGACCAGGCUGAUCUCUCUCAGUACUAGGCUCGGGGAAUAGGGAUGAAGGGAACGCUCUCUUCUCUGUGAUCUCUCUGUGUGGGAAAAAGACAAGGGGCGGGGAAAUUGGGAAUGGGAAUUCCAGCCUGGGGAGAGGAAGAGAAGAAAAAAAGGGUAAGGGAGAAGGUCAGUAUUCUGAUUAGAUUUGAAAGGAAUGCUACUCUGCACUGGCGAGGUCAGAAGCCCAUGAGCAGUCAGAGUUAACCAAAGAGCCCCACAAUCUCUGUGCCCCUGCUUGAAUUGUGACAAACGCUGAGAAACCCCCAAGCAGCCUUACGGUACCUGGGUUAGACAAGUGCAAUAAAAGGCCAAGUAUUCCUAACACGCUGUUUUAUCAAAGGCAUGCAUUAAAUGACAAAAACAGAGUUCUGUCUUUAUCAUUUUCUGUGAAGAGCCACUUUUGGCUUGGGGACUGCUGUCUAAAUGAGUACUGCUGAUUUUGAGGAAAGAUGGCCUUGUGGCUGUGGGUAGGGAGGGACAAAGAAUAACUUACCACAGUAUAUGAGAGGAUUGGCUUUACUGUACUUCAGCUGCUCCUUGGAAGCUGCCUGUGUGCAUAUCUUACUUUGUGGUAAGGGAAAUCUAAGCUGUGGUAGCUUAGGUGUCUUUCAUAUGAAAGUUAAGUUGUGUCCUGGAAUAACAUAAAUCACUGGGCUAGGGUUUAGAAGGUCUCCAUUCAGUUCUUGAUUUUGCUACUGGCUUUCUGUAUGUCUACGGGUAAAUCACUAGUCUCUUUGUGUCCUGGUUCUCUAGCCACCAAGUGAGAAAACAUUUUGUCUGUCUUGGGCUUUUGAAAGCUACCCUAAUACAGAUCCUUAAUAAGAAGCUGAUAUCAUCCCUUGACAAAACCAAGAUACUAAUACUAUCCUAGGCAAACCACUGCUGUACCUACCCUGCAUCCUCCAGUGACAUACUUCUGUUCAACCUGUAUUUAAACUCAUUUAAAUUAAUGAGGGGACAGAUUCACCUUGGAUGCUAUGGAGCCCAUUUAAAAUAUAACUGAUAAGCAAAAAUAAAGAGCACUUCUUGUGUGAUGUGCAGAACUGGGCUGUAGAAUUGGGCUCACACAUAUCUGAGGGUAAGUUUCUCUUUGAUUUCCUGGUUGACAUUACCAAAUGUAGUGCACUGUCCCUGUUCUCUGGUUAGAGGAAAACUCUUUGAAAAGUUUAAGCUGGAACCAGAUCAUGUAGAGACAGAUGCAUGGGCUUGAUUUUGUGUUGUAACUAGUCACUUUGACCAACAUCUAUUAUUUCAGUGGGACCAGUCACAAAUUGAACACUUGCCUGAGUCUUUCCACGAUCAGGACCUAGAACUGUUACCUCUUAAGAACUGUCUUCCUCAUGUUUUGUACAGCACUGAAUAUGGAGUACUUAAAUAAUGUGGAAUGAUUAUUUUUUUGUACAUGUCCUAUGGUGUUUUCAUCGAGAAUAAUCUUUCAAAGGAUCUUUGCGUGCUGCUUUAGGGUUGGCUUUCACCACUGGCUAAGUUUUGUUUGCCCACAGGACUUUCAAACAUCAUUACAUCCACUGCUUUCUUAAAUUCCUGUCAGUUUGCUGGGGGGCUUGUUUUGAUGGAAUCCAUCCUCAGCAAAUAUUUGUUGCCUCUGUAUAUGGUGGGAAAGUGAGAAGGGUUCAGUAGUACCUACUAGCAUCAUAUAAUUAUGUAGGUUUUUAUUAUAUUCAGUGCUAAAGUUGUCAUUGCUGAUGUCAGAUGUGGCAGUGACACACAAUAAAACUUUAUAUAGAAACUAAGUUAUUCUUUCUGACACAGAUGGCAUAUUUUUUAGGGGGGGAAAGAUUUAAAAUAUAUAGCAGAGUAAUGAUUGGGGGACUGCAGUUGAGUUAAGAUUUCAAAAUGAUUUUAGUUGUAACUCAUUUAACAUGCUCUUAAUAUUUUAGCUCUCCUUUACUUCCUGUCCUACAGUUGUGGUCUAGUGUUUCUGUGUAACAUGUUCUUCUUGUGUCUUCAUUUCAAUAGUAGUUAUAUAUACCAGUAGAGUGUGUGUGUGUGUGUGUGUGUGUGUGUGUGUGUGUGUGUGUAUACACAUACAUACAUACACACAUGUAUAUACACAUACAUACACACACCAGUAGUAAUAUAUACCAUAUAUACCAGUAGUGUAUGUAUGUAUAUGUGUGUGUACACACACACACCCCCCCCCCCCAGUAGUGUGUGUAUAUAUAUAUAUAUAUAUAUAUAUAUACCAUAUAUACCAGAUUUGUGAAUCCUGGGAUGCUGUAGGGAAAACACCAAAGAAAUAUAUUUUUAUUGGUAGGUUAGAUUGCAGAGGUUAAAAAUUGGGGUGAUAUAACAGCCAUGGUUUCUGGGAGAAAAAUAUGUGCUUAAAUACAGUUGAUUCUCCCUCCCACACUAUAUUGCACAAAAUUUACAAAAGCCAGAGAUAUCUUAACUCACACUGCUCCUCCAUCUUCAUUUUACUGGCUUAAGUCCAGGUUGACAUUUAGAACCAAGCCACAUACAAAGCAAUUCAGUGAGUUAAUUCACUAGCCUUUCAUAUCCAGAGUCCUAGAUUAAAAUUCUGUUGCAUAAAAUAAGGAUAAUUAUAAGCCAUUAGUUCAUGUCACAAAGAUGCCACAUUCUUUGCAAAUGAUGGAUUGGUAGAGGUGCUGCAGGUCAGUUCUGGUACAGGAUGGGGAAGGAGAUUGGGACUGAUAAACUAGCUAGCUCAGGGGCAGGCAAUUAUUUUAGGCAGAGGGCUGCUUACUGAGUUUUGGCAGGCCGUUGAGGGCCACAUGACAGGAGCCAGGGGCAGAUAAAUAUUAAUUUUCUAAAUUUUUUAGGGGCCCCGCAGGCUGGAAAGAAUGGCCUGGCGGGUUGCAUCCAGCCUGCGAGCUGCAUUUUGCCCACCCCUGAGCUAGCUCUUCUUGGAAGCUUCAGGGUGAAGUGCUUGCCUCCUGUGCUGCUAUUGCUUACGCUGUGAUCCCUGCAUAGAGGAAACAGAACACAAGGAAUGGAUGGUGAGCUCUUAGCAUUUGUAUGAGCUCCUUGUAAUUUUGGAGACUGUAGAUAUGUGCAGUUUUUUCCUCAUAAUUCAUUGAGGUAGAAGUCUGGAGAAUAAGAGUCUGAAAUAUGGGCUUGCAGGCAUAUUGUGGCUGACAUUAAUUUAAAUUAGUUUAAAUAUAAGUGAUACUGUACUGUGAUAUUGUAGCCAUGAUGGUCCAUAUGCAAGAGGCAUGGAUUUUUGUGGAUAAUAUCUUUUAUUAAACUAAAUAUAUAGGUGUCCUGGGGAAGGAGAGCCAUCUGUCUCUUUCUGUGUUUGUACAGUAACUACAACAUCUAUGACUGCAGCUCUUCCAUGCUACCACUCUGUAGAUGAUUAAAGUUUUGCUUGUGUUAAAGAGCAUAUGGAUGGUCAACUCCUGAGUCCUGAGGAUGGGUACAAGGGUACCUGAAAGCUUGUCCAUGUCCCUCCCAACUAUACAGUUGGUGGAAAAAAAGAUAAAACUCUCUCUCUUUAAAUAUAAAUAUAAGCUAUGAUAGGAAAGAAAAAAAUCUGCUAUAGAUUUGAUUAGAGAUUAUAAAAUAUGAUAGAGGGGGUUCCGAAGAAAGACAGUUUUCAUUGGAGAGUUGUCCCAAAUGAGCACUGCAUGGACCACUGUUCAUCAUUUAUUGUAACAGUUACCCUAUUACCUUGAGCUUCCUCAUGCUGUUUGUUGAAUCUACCUGUUCCUUAUAUUGUAAGAUCUGUAGAGCCGGCACUUCAGUCUGGGCAGCAUCAAGCACAAUAGAGGCCUAAGUCCUGAAUGGGUUCUGAAGACAGAGUGAAGCAUAAACAGAUGGUAAAUAUAGCCAAUGUCUUAUUUAAUAGAAAAUUAAAAAAGAUAGAAAAGAGGUAAACUACUAGUGGGGCUGUAGAGCUUCAUCUGAUCCACUUACUGUAGCGAGGCAGACUGUUAAAGGUAUUUAGGCACUGAACACUCAGUUAUACACUUAAACACCUUUAAAAUCUGACCCUUUAUAAUCUCUUAAUUUGCAAGAGGUAAGAUUUUAGUUUAUUUUAACCAUGCAGGAGUCUCUCUGAUGCCAAGCCACCCUAUUGAUUUAUGCUGACUGGUGACCGAAAUGUUUAAACAGAUUUCAAUUCAUAGCUAUGUCUCAUCUAGCUUGCCACCAGUGUCUCUAGUAUGCCUCUAAGAUUUUAUUGUAAAUAACUCAAAAUCUGUGUGUCCACAAAAUAAAGCUGAGCUUGUGACAUCAUA